AUGACUGAUAAUUAUGCUAAACUCGAAAAACUUGGCGAAGGGACAUACGGCGUCGUCUACAAGGCAAAAGAUAGGACAACAGGGAGAAUCGUAGCACUCAAAAAGAUUCGACUAGAAGACGGUGAAGAAGGAAUUCCGCCCACUUCGAUUCGUGAGAUAUCUUUACUCAAGGAAGCUAAUAGGAAUGAGAAUAUUGUAAAGCUUUUGGACAUUGUUAGUCAAGAAAGGAAAUUGUAUCUCGUGUUUGAGUUUCUAACGAUGGACUUGAGAAAGUUUAUUAAAGAGAUACCUAAGGAAAAUGGAAUGGAAUCUUUAACUAUGCAGAAAUUUAUGUAUCAGCUUGUUGAUGGAACCAUGUACUUGCAUAUGCGCCGUAUCUUUCAUCGAGACUUGAAGCCUCAAAAUCUGCUAAUUGAUUCGCAAGGAGAUCUUAAAGUGGCAGAUUUCGGUUUAGCCAGAGCUGCUGGUAUUCCUCUGAAGCCCUACACGCAUGAGGUGGUCACCUUAUGGUACAGAGCACCGGAAAUUCUACUUGGAUCUUUUCAUUAUGCCUUUGCUAUUGACAUGUGGAGCAUCGGAUGUGAUUCCGAAAUUGAACAGCUCUUCAUGGUAUUCGAGGUCCUGGGAACACCGGAUGAAGAGACAUGGCCGGGAGUUACCAAAUUUCCGGAUUACAACCCUAAUUUUCCACGAUGGAAGCCUCAGAAACUUCGUGAUUUUGUUCCAUCAUUAGACUCACUCGGUCUUGAUUUACUUCAGAAACUUUUCACUUAUGAUACCAUCCGUCGAAUUUCUGCAAAACGCGCCCUCUCUCAUCCCUAUUUCAACAGAUGGAAAUCUUUAAAGAAUUUUAAACGAUAG